AUGUGGCCAAAAGAUGUGGGUAUCAAAGCAAUGGAAGUGUACUUUCCUGCUCAAUAUGUUGAGCAAACUGAACUUGAACAAUUUGAUGGCGUUUCUGCUGGGAAAUAUACCAUUGGUCUAGGUCAAUGUAGGAUGGGAUUUUGCAAUGACCGUGAAGAUAUUAAUUCUUUGUGUUUAACUGUGGUCCAUCGAUUAAUGGAUAGGAAUAGUAUAAAGCCACAAGAUAUAGGAAGAUUAGAAGUUGGAACAGAAACUGUGAUAGAUAAAAGCAAAUCAGUAAAAUCUGUUCUUAUGCAACUAUUUGAACCAGAUGGUUGCACAGACAUGGAAGGGGCAGAUACAACUAAUGCAUGUUAUGGAGGUACUGCUGCUCUUUUGAAUGCUGUAUCUUGGGUAGAAAGCAGUGCUUGGGACGGUAGAUUAGCUUUAGUUGUGGCUGCUGACAAUGCUGUAUAUUCUACCGGAGCUGCUAGACCAACAGGUGGUGCUGGAGCCAUAGCAAUGGUAAUUGGACCAAAUGCACCUUUAGUAAUUGAUCGUGGAGUAAGGUCAUCAUGUAUGAAACAUGCAUACGACUUUUACAAACCAAAUCUAAAAUCAGAAUAUCCUGUUGUAGAUGGACAAUUGUCAAUUCAGUGUUAUCUUAGUGCUUUGGAUAAUUGCUAUCAGACUUAUUGUAAAAAAGCAAAGAAUAAGUACAAUGAAUCUGUGACUUUAAAUAAUUUUGAUUCAUUUUUAUUUCAUUCUCCAUACUGUAAAUUAGUACAAAAGUCUUAUGCUAGAUUAGCUUUUAAUGAUUUCUUAAAUGCAUCCAAAGAAGAAGUACUUAAAAAGUAUCCAGAAUUAGGGAAGUUCCAUGACAUUAAACUUGAAGAUAGUUAUUUCGAUAGAGAUAUUGAAAAAGCAUUUAUGAAUUUGAUGGAAGAAUUGGCAGGUUCCAAAAUUGGCAUAUUUUCAUAUGGUUCAGGAUUUUGUUCUACAAUGUAUUCGUUAACAAUAACAAAAGAUACAAAGGAUGGAUCUGAUUUAAUGAAAAUUAUUUCAUCUCUAUCAUAUAUUAAACAAGAACUAGAGUCCCGUCAAAAAGUUUCUCCAGCAGAUUAUACAGAAAUAUUAGAAUGGCGUGAACAACACUGUCAUACUGUACCAUUUAGUCCCCAAAGUAGUAUUACUAAUAUGUUCCCUGGAACAUAUUAUCUUGUACAAGUGGAUGAAAAAUAUAGAAGAACUUAUGAACGGGUAUGA